AUGAUUGAAGAGGAGGGAUAAUAACUUAAAAGUUAAUUGGAAUAACAACUGGUUGAAGCAAUUCUGGAUUCUCUUCAAAAUCACAUGGAUCAAAAUGCCACCUUUUUAGCUGAAAGAUUGGUUUAUGAGAGAGACACUGAGGAGUUUAGGUCACUAUUGGCUGAAUGCUACUUGAAAGAGAAUCAGCCAUUUAAAGCCUGUCAUAUUCUUAGGGACUGCAAAUCUGAAUUCAAUCGCUAUUAAUAUGCGAUGUCACUAUUUCAAAAUAAAAAAUACAAGGAAGCUGAAGUCGCUUUAGUAGGAACUCAAUUUAGCAAUUAAUUUUCUAGUUAAACUCCAAAUGUGCCAAAUGGUGGAUUUGGUUUCUUUUUGUUAGGCUAGAUUUAAGAAUAACUCCACCGUAUUGAGGAGGCUAAACACUAAUAUUGCAAGGCUUUGGAUUAGAACCCCACAUUAUGGAUGGCCUUUGAAAGACUGUCAGAAAAUUGGUGA